AUAGUAACGAAUUAUUUUUCGAACCUAAACGAUGACAACGAAUAAAAUAUCCAGUGUAUUCCUAUUACUUGUGCUUUCAGCACUGGCAAGUAGCCAAGAACUUGUGGAACAAUCUUCGUCCGGUGGACUAACCAAUAUAAAUUGUAAUGGCAAAAUUGCGGUUUGUGUAGGUCCUCUCAUGUACAAGGACUGUGUAAGCAAUGCCAACGGUGAAAUGUUUGCUAGUGGUAAUGCAAAACAGUGUCCAACAAAUUCACGUUGUGUAAAUGAUGGAGUUGAAAUUUGUGUACCAUUGAAGACUUCAACUGAUGCUCCGGUAACAGAAGGUACUGUCAAUAGCACCUCAAGUGCUGCUGUACCUAGUCCCUCAACCGAGGGUCCCCUAGAUCCUGUUGAACCUUCUGGUGUCCCAUUGGAACCUUCUGCUAUUCCAUCUGAAUCGUCUGUUGCUCCCGUGGAAGCUUCUGCUACUCCAGUUGAAACGACUGCUUCCCCAGCGGAAACUUCUGCUGCCCCUGUCGAAACUACUGCCAUUUCAAUUGAAACCACUAAUACUCCAGUGGAAACAACAUUAAUUCCUGAAGCACCACAGGAGACUACGGUUUUGCCUACAUUAAUUCCUGAGGCACCACAGGAGACUACGGUAUUGCCUACAUUAGUCCCUGAGUUACCAAUAGAGACAACAGUAAUCCCAGAAGAAACAACAAUUGCUGCUAUUGAUCCUAGUGUACCAGUUGAUACAACAUUAGCACCUGUCAUACCUAAUAGCCCGGUUGAUCCAACAGCGAUUCCUGUCUAUCCCACUUCGGGAUCUGUAGAACCAAAUUCUCCAAUUGUAUCAACAUUUUCACCUGUUGAACCAAUUGUCCCAGAAAAUCCCACCACAGAUCCCAAUAGUCCACUUAAUCCUCCUGCUGAUCCCAACGCUCCGGUGGAUCCCAAUGUAACAGUUGAUCCAACAUCCUUACCCCUUGAAACAACAACAUUACCAAUUGUACCAGUUGAAACUACUAUUGGACUGUUCGACCCUAGUGCACCUGUGGACCCAGCGGCUCCUGUAGAUUCCACACCCUUACCUAUUGACACAACCACUGUUUCUGAUUCUACAGUUGUACCUACAGCUCCAGUAGACCCAAAUGCACCAGUUGAUCCCAAUGUUCCAGUUGAUCCAAAUGCUCCAGUUGAUCCUAAUGCUCCAGUCGACCCUAAUGCACCUGUUGAUCCUAAUUCACCAGUUGAUCCAAAUGCAGUAGAUCCUAAUGCUCCGGUUAAUCCCAAUGCACCGGUCAAUCCCGUAGUUCCAACAUCACUACCUAUUGAAACAACUUUAAGUCCUGUUGAUCCUACUUCACCCAUCGACCCAAAUACUCCAGUGGUUCCCACUGCACCAGUUGAUCCCAGUGUACCAGUUGAACCUAAUGUGCCAGUAGAUCCUAUUUCACCUAUCGAUCCUAACGAACCUAUUGAUCCCACUACACCAGUCGAUCCUAAUGUACCAGUAAAUCCAACAUCUCAACCUAUUGAUACUACAUUAGGUCCAUUUGAUCCUAAUGCACCAGAAGAACCUAAUGGUCCACUUGAUCCCAAUGUACCGGUCGACCCUAAUGCACCAGUUGAUCCUAAUGCUCCAUUAGAUCCUAAUGCUCCAGUUGAUCCAAAUACACCAGUCGACCCUAAUGCUCCAGUUGAUCCUAACGCUCCAGUUGAUCCCAAUACACCAGUCGACCCUAAUACACCUGUAAAUCCAACAUCUUCACCUAUUGAUACUACUCUACGUCCAUUUGAUCCUAAUGCACCAAUAGAUCCUAAUGGUCCAGUUGAUCCCAAUGUACCGGUCGACCCUAAUGCACCAGUUAAUCCUAAUGCUCCAGUUGAUCCAAAUACACCAGCUGACCCUAAUGCACCAGUUGGUCCUAAUGUACCAAUUGAUCCCAAUGCACCAGUUGAUCCAAAUGCUCCAGCUGAUCCUAAUACUCCAGUAGAUCCCAAUGCACCAGUUAAUCCCAAUGCUCCAGCUGAUCCCAAUACACCAGUAGAUCCUAAUGCACCUGUAGAUCCUACCGCUCCAUUCGAUCCUAAUGCACCAGUUGAUCCCAAUGCACCAGUAGUUCCUAAUGCACCAGUAGAUCCUAAUGCACCUGUAGAUCCUACCGCUCCAUUCGAUCCUAAUGCACCAGUUGAUCCCAAUGUUCCAGUCGAUCCCAAUGCACCAGUAGUUCCUAAUGCACCAGUCGACCCUAAUGCUCCAGUUGGUCCCAAUGUUCCAGUUGAUCCAAAUGCUCCAGUUGAUCCUAAUGCUCCAGUUGAUCCUAAUGCUCCAGUCAAUCCUAAUGCACCAGUAGAUCCUAAUGCACCUGUAGAUCCUAACGCUCCAGUCGACCCUAAUACACCAGUUGAUCCCAAUGCUCCAGUCGAUCCUAAUGCUCCAGUAGAUCCCAAUGCACCAGUUAAUCCCAAUACUCCAGUUGAUCCCAAUGCUCCAGUUGAUCCCAAUGGUCCAGUUGAUCCCAAUGCCCCAGUUGAUCCAAAUGCUCCAGUUGAUCCUAAUACUCCUGUUGAUCCCAAUACACCAGUAGAUCCAAAUGCACCUGUAGAUCCCAAUGCUCCAGUCGAUCCUAAUGCACCAGUCGACCCUAAUGCUCCAGUUGGUCCCAAUGUUCCAGUUGAUCCCAAUGCACCAGUUGAUCCAAAUGCUCCAGUUGAUCCCAAUGCUCCAGUUGAUCCUAAUGCUCCAGUCAAUCCUAAUGCACCAGUAGAUCCUAAUGCACCUGUAGAUCCUAACGCUCCAGUCGACCCUAAUGCACCAGUUGACCCCAAUGUACCAGUCGAUCCUAAUGCUCCAGUAGAUCCCAAUGCACCAGUUAAUCCCAUUGCACCAGUUAAUCCCAAUGAUCCAGUUGAUCCCAAUACACCAGUAGAUCCUAACGCACCUGUAGGUCCUAACGCUCCAGUCGACCCUAAUGCACCAGUUGAUCCCAGUGGUCCAGUUGAUCCUAACGCUCCAGUUGAACCUAAUGCACCUGUCGAUCCUAAUGCACCAGCCGAUCCUAAUGGUCCAGUUGAACCUAAUGCACCUGUAGAUCCUAACACUCCAGUGGGCCCUAAUGUACCAGCUGAUCCCAAUGCUCCAGUUGAUCCAAAUGCUCCAAUUGAUCCCAAUGCACCAGUCGAUCCUAAUGCUCCAGUACAUCCCAAUGCACCAGUUAAUCCCAAUGAUCCAGUUGAUCCCAAUACACCAGUAGAUCCUAAUGCACCAGCAGAUCCUAAUGCUACAGUUCCUCCCAAUGCACCAGUUGAUCCUAAUGCUCCUGUUGAUCCUAAUGCACCAGUCGACCCUAAUACACCAGUUGAUCCAAAUGGUCCAGUUGAUCCCAAUGCACCAGUUGAUCCCAAUGCUCCGGUCGACCCUAAUGCACCAGUUGAUCCCAACGCACCAGUUGAUCCUAACGCACCAGUUGAACCUAAUGCACCUGUCGACCCUAAUGCACCAGUUGAUCCCAAUGGUCCUGAUGAACCUAAUGCACCUGUAGAUCCUAACACUCCAGUGGACCCUAAUGUACCAGCUGAUCCUAAUGCUCCAGUAGAUCCCAAUGCACCAGUUAAUCCCAAUGCACCAGUUAAUCCCAAUGGUCCAGUUGAUCCCAAUACACCAACAGAUCCUAAUGCACCUGUAGAUCCUAACGCUCCAGUCGACCCUAAUGCACCAGUUGAUCCCAAUGUACCAGUUGAUCCUAACGCACCAGUUGAACCUAAUGCACCAGUUGAUCCCAAUGGUCCAGUUGAACCUAAUGCACCUGUAGAUCCUAACACUCCAUUGAACCCUAAUGUACCAGCUGAUCCCAAUGCUCCAGUCGACCCUAAUGCACCAGUUGAUCCUAAUGGUUCAGUUGAUCCCAAUGCUCCAGUAGACCCUAAUACUCCAAUUGAUCCCAAUGCACCGGUUGAUCCCAACGCACCAGUUAAUCCAAAUGCACCAUUAGAUCCUAAUGCCCCAGCUGACCCUAAUGCACCAGUAAGGCCCAAUGUACCAGUUGAUCAGAAUGUUCCAGUUGGCCCCAAUGGACCAGUUGACCCUAAUACACCAGUUGAUCCCAAUGCACCAGUAGACCCGAAUUCUCCAGUCGACCCUAAUGCACCAGUUAGGCCCAAUGCUCCAGUUGAACCCCAUGUACCAGUUGACCCUAAUACACCUCUUGAUCCCAAUGUUCCUCCUCGUCCAAUUAAACCUGGACGUCCUGGAAGACCUGGAUAUCCUAGUCAUUCACAUCCAGAUUGGUCACUUAGCAAUCCUGAAAUACCUGAGAAACCUGAAACUGCAGAAACUGAGUCUACUGAAUCCAAGGAACCGGUGAAACAUAAACCUAUUUCUAAAGAAGACGUUUCGGCAGAAGACAAAUCGAAAGAAAAUAAGGACAAGAGGGAAGAAGAAAAGAGGAAGAAAGAAGAAGAAAAGAGAAAGAAGGAGGAAGAAAAGAGAAAGAAGGAGGAAGAAAAGAAAAAGAAGGAGGAAGAAAAGAAAAAGAAGGAGGAAGAAAAGAGAAAGAAGGAGGAAGAAAAGAAAAAUAAAGAGGAAGAAGAGAGGAACUCUAGUGAACAGAGUGAUGAAAAGAAAAAACAAAAAGAGGAAGCCAAAAAGGAGCUAAUCAAGAAGAUCACAAAGAAAGUUAAGAAUGGCGAGUGUAAUGAAGAUGACAUUUAUCCCGAUGUGAGAGACUGCAGAAAAUACUAUCGUUGUAUUGAAAAAUCCGACGAGACAAAAUUCGUGCACUUGCAUUGCGAUGACGACAAGCGUUUUGACUUUGAGGAUAAAAAAUGUGUAAAAAAGAGUAAAGCACAUUGCCUGCUUAAGGACGAAUAAAACUGGAGUCAUUAACUAGAAACAACCACUUGAAUGAUGAAUAACUACUGUAUAUUUUAUAACUCUAUUUUUUAAAUCUGUAUUAAAAACUAAUUAUAUAAUUUUAAACUGUAUUUAUUGAACGAAACAAAAAAUAUAAUUCUUCAAAACUUAAUAAAAUUUAAAUAAACGAUUUGAUAUUAGCAAUCUAAAA